AAUUGGAAAUUAAUUGAGAUUAAUUUUGCAGGUAAAAAUUCAUCAUGAGUUUUUAUUUAUUUGACAGUCAGGAAAUAAGGGACGCAUUAGAAGAAUCUGAAGAUUCAAUAAUUCAUUUGGAAGACGUGACUCAAAAUCCUGACGAUCCAGACGGAAGUGAUGGGCAACCUUCGAACGCGUCAAAUAUUUCAGAUUACGAUCCUGGUGAACUCGGUGAAGACGAUAAUGACCACGAUGAACCAUCUUCGAAACAGAAGAAGUUAUCAAGUGGCACCCACAAAGGCGGAAGGAUGAAAGAUCAAAUUUGGGACAGCUAUAUGGAAAUUGGGGACGACUUCUGGGGCUGUAAAACGUGCCAGUGGAAAAAUAAAAAUCCGAAAGCUGAUAGGCUGCGCAAACAUUUAAAUGAUGGUUCUAAGAAAAGAAAAUUGCCAAUUUUAGCAGCGCCGGUUACUGCAACAAAUUCAAUGCUCCCAACUUCGUCAACAACAAAAGCAUCGCUAAAUUACAGCCAAAGCAGUAUAAAGGACCACUUUAUUUCAACUAGUGAUCGUCAACAACUUGAAAUCAACCAAAAGCUCCAAAAAGCAAUUUGCUCAUCAAAUAUACCUUUUCGCGUUUUGGAAAAUGAACAUUUCAUCGAAUGGGUUAAAUCAAUGAGACCAAGUUAUAAACUGCCCACACCAAAAGCCUCGUCUACUUAUCUGUUGGAUAAUCUCUACAGAGAAUGUGAACAAAAUAUAAUCAGCAAAAUUGAAAACCAGAAUGCUACUAUCAUGCAAGACGGAUGGAGCACCAAUCAGAAGGAAUUCGUCAUCGCUCAUUCGAUAUUCGUGAAAAAUAAGGUUUAUUUUAUUGAUACAGUAUGCCCUGGAGAAGAAGAAAAGACUGCAGAAAAUUGCACAAAGUGGCUUCAAGUUUGUAGAAAAGAAGCGGAAGAAAAAUUUUCUAUCAAAAUUGUCGCAUGCGUCACGGACAAUUGCAAUACCAUGGAAAAAAUGCGACGUGACCUCGGAAAAGAACUUUUAUGUUAUGGCGAUAAUCCACACCUUCUUAAUCUUGUUGGAAAGAAAGCAUCUCCUGAAAAACUGAUUCAAAAAAUAAUUAAAGUCCAGAAAUUUUUUCGCAAUCACGACUUUGUUACACCGGCUUUGAAAAAUAGUCGUCCAGUUUUGCCUUCUGAAACAAGAUGGAACAGUCAAAUAGAUUGUCUGGAAAGCUACAUUACAAACCAAGGAAAAUAUCUGGAGAUUGCCUGCUCUGAUGACCGUGUCAACGACGAAGUGAAAACGAUUAUUGAAAAUGGGUCCAUUUUUAGACAAGCAAAUGAUUCAAUAAAAUUGUUGGAACCAAUUGCAAUUGCGUUAAAUACGUUACAAAAGGAUUCUUCUAUGAUUUUUGACGCAGUUCACGAAUGGAUAAAAUUGAAAAAGGAAUUACCACAACUCUUUACAGAAAGCUAUUAUAAAGACAAAUUUGCUAAAGGUACUCCUGCCUUUGCAAUAGCUGCAUAUAUGAUUCAUCCUAUUUAUCGAGGCGCAGAUUUACAUAAGUAAUGAAAUGAAGAAGGAUGGUCGAGAUUGGAUCAGUACUCAAGAUAAAAACUUUCUCCCACUAAUACUUAAUUUGGCAUGCAAGGACGAUUCAAUAUUUUCUCCUUGCUUAUUUGAAGAAAGCGUCUUAGCCGACGUCUCCCCAAUUAACUGGUGGUUAACCACGCAACAAGAUAAUCCCACAAAAAUUUCUGACGAGUUUAUUAAAAUGUCCCGCAUUUUAUUGGAGCUUCCGGCAAGUAGCGCCGGGCUAGAGGGGAUAUUUUCUGCAAUGACGAACACAAUUACAGAUAAACGAAAUAGAUUAGGUGUCGAAAAAGCCAGAAAAAUUACGUUUA